UGGGGCGGGCCAUUGAAGACUGGCGGGGAUAUUCGAGCCUUCCAAAUGACGACGGAGAUAGCAACGGAUUAUAGUUACAUCAAAUAUCAUGCUUUAAGAGUAAUGUAGUUUAACAAUUUAGCUUGUCAUGGUAACUCACGAAGUUUGACACUGUCAAGGAUCGUUUUGGUAAAACGCGAAUUUCCAAGUGCUUUUCAAAUGGAGGCGAUGGAGGUGGACUUGCAGCUGGGGGUCCCCAGGAGGGAACCAGAACCAGAUGCUAUGGCAGGCAAUGUAGAGCCCCCUAUCGUCAUCCCUGACUCUGGCAGCGAAACUGAGGUUGAGGACGAGGUAGACGCGGCUCCCCUAGACCCACCACGGCUCCCGACCACCUGGGCGUUCAGUCAGAACCGAAUCAGAGUGGAGGGUCAAGUUGGGCCCAGGAUCAGAAUGGAGGGUCAUAUUUUGCACAGGGUCACUACAGCAGCAGUCCGGAGGCAGCGGAGAGCCAGGCCAGGCGUCAGGGCGCUCUACCCCACCCAGACCUCUCUCUCUGCUAGCCGCUUCCUAGAUUUCCUGCUGCGAGUCCCUGCAGCCAACCCUGACUCUGGCAAUACCACAGAGUCGAGCGAGUCGGAGGAUGAGGCAGACCCCACAGGGCCAGUAGACCCUCACAACCCUGACGAACCUGCUGUUCCCUCCAGCCCUGGAAUGAACCCUCCUGUGGCAGCCACGCCACUGCAAGGCCCAAAUCCUUCAGAUUCUAAUGCAACCACAGAGGCUGUGAGGACAGAGACUGGAAAUCAAGUGAAUCCUGAGAGUGUAACAGCCCCAGUGGCCACCAGUGGUGCGGCUCUUCGGUCGUCCCAAGGGGAUGAGGGGGAGGGGGAGACCUGCUCUAUCUGCUUUGAGCCCUGGACCACGUCAGGGGAGCACCGACUGGCCACCCUGCGCUGCGGACAUCUCUUCGGCUACACCUGCAUUAGCCGCUGGGUGAAGGGCCAGGGCCAGGGAGCCAAGUGUCCCCAGUGCAACAAGAAGGCCAAGCGCUCUGAUAUCGUCCUCCUGUAUGCACGCAAGCUGAGGGCUUUGGACAACACAGAGCAGGAGAAUAUGAAGAGGUCAUUGGAGCAGGAGCAGUCAAUGCGUAGGAAUGCUGAACUAGAGUCAGCCCAGUGCCGGCUACAACUGCAGGUGAUGACAGACGAAUGUGGGAAACUACGCAAGCAGAUACAGGAGUUGAAGACGCUGAUGGCUCAGCCUGGCUGUAGGCCUUCUAAGAACUCAGGGGCCUCUCUCUCUGGGCUCUCACAGAGACAGGACAGCACCCAGGGGGGCCACUACGUCUUCUCCAAGGCCGUGCUAGUGUCCCAGGCGGGGGGCUGCAGGGUGCUGUCCUACUGUGAACCCCUCAGCUGCCUGCUGGCCUCCCAUCCCUCCCCACACACCACACUGGUGCCCGGCUAUGGUGUGAAGAAGGUGAGUACGGUGAAUCUGAAGGCAUGCCAGUAUGUUCCCAUCCAUGUUAAACAGAUCAGAGGCCUGGCAUUCAACAGACAAGCUGACAGCCUCCUGCUCUCUGCUGCCCUGGACAACACCAUCAAACUCACCAGUCUAAUGACCAACACAGUGGUGCAGACAUACAACACGGGUAAGCCAGUGUGGAGCUGUUGCUGGUGCCUGGACAACAACAACUACGUGUACGCUGGUCUCAGUAACGGCUCUGUGCUGCUGUAUGAUACCAGAGACACCAGCACACAUGUCCAGGAGCUGCAGCCACUACGCUCUAGGUGUCCCGUGGCCUCACUGUCCUACGUGCCUCGCGCCUCCUCCAGCUCGUUCCCGUGCGGCGGCCUCAUCGCAGGUUCUCUGGAGGGGGCCUGCUUCUGGGAGCAGGUGGACGGCACCACUUACAGACCCCACAUUUUGCCCCUGGAGACAGGAGGCUGCACAGACAUCCAGGUGGAGCCAGAGAGCAGACACUGUCUGGUCACCUACAGACCAGGGCGCUCCAACCCGUCUCUGCGUUGUGUUCUGAUGGAGCUGAACAGGACUCUACAGCAGGAUGCGGCCCAGGAGCCCUUGUGUUCCUGCUACCCUGUCCAGACCUUCAGCGCCGGCUCCUCAUGCAAAGUGCUCACCAAGAACGCUGUGUUCAGAAGCCCAGCCGGGGAGGGCUCCACUUUGGUCUGUGCCGGGGACGAGUCCACUAACUCCACCAUGGUGUGGGAUGCAGGGAGUGGAUCCCUGAUUCAGAAGUUGCCUGCUGACCUCCCAGUGUUGGACAUCUGCCCGUUUGAGGUGAAUCAGGGCAGUUACCUGGCCUCGCUCACUGAGAAGAUGCUCAAAAUCUACAAGUGGGAAUAAGGAGAGAUUAUGGAAAACACACACCACCAGCAUAGAGCAUGUAUGAGUAGCGCAGCUGCUGCACUGUAUAAAUGGCAUCCAUUUAAAACAGCUUUUUCUUAGACUACAGAGGAGCCUUUGUUGGGUUUGCUUUGCAGUGGAGGGACUGGAGAGAUAUCACACUGCUGCAAUGUUAUCAACAAACUGAUAGCUGGAGUGGCAGUACAGAUACACCACUGUCCUAAAUGUUUACAUUUGAGGAUAAUUGAAAACGUCCCAUCAAAAUGAACCAAAAUGACACAACAGAUAUAGUACAGCAAGACUAGGGUUUCCUACCCACUCACCACUACCCAGUGUUUUGCUCUGUAGCUUUUCCUCUGGAUGUGAAGAUGAAUCUGUUUUUGUCAGCCAUGCUGCUGAUGUUUGUUUUAAUUUCGCAAUGUGUUUCUUCACUGGGCCAUGUUCAGUUGCCAAACGUUCUUGAACGUUGCAGAUAGAAAUUCCAUGAAUAGAACCGAUGUGAGUCCUUACUGUACAUAUCAGAGGCAUGUUUGAGCUACAUUGCCUAUUUCUAUCUGAAUGUUCCAAAAUGUUUAAUCCUGCUGAAUGUGCUCCUGGUCUUAGGCUGUGUUCACACAGGCAGCCCAAUUGUGGGGCACGUUCAACAGGAUUGAAUGUUUUGGAACAUUUAGAUAGGAAAGCAAUGUAGAUAAAACAUGUCUCUCUGAUAUGUAGAAUAAGGAAUGCAAUCGGCUCUUCAUUACAUUUUCUAUCUGCAACGUUCAAGAACGUUUGGCAACUGAACAUGGUCCUAAUCUUUGUUCCACUAAUUGGUCAAAAGUCCAAUCACUUCAGAUCUUUUCAUAUCUUUUUCAGAGCUGAUCUGGUUGGUCAAAAGACACAUUUAGUGAAGAAAAUAUCAGAAAUGGGCUGCCUGUCCAAACGCAACCUUUGAGAUGGAUCCAUACAUUUCCUGUAUUCUGAUUCAAGCCUGAUCAGCAGGCUUUUUCAAAAAUCUUAAUGUACUAAAACUGAUUUGCUUAUUUUAGAUCCAGAGGAAAUUAUAUAUACAUGUAUGUUUUAUACCAAAUGUUUAUACUAUUUCAAAUGUAAUAAAAUAUAAAUAAUUGGUUAUUGUUCAUUCUGAUGUUGGUUGGGGUGAUAUCCAGAUUGUCUUAACUUUAUACUGACCAUGUGCCAUUCCAGGAUAGUUUGUAAUACUGACACUGAACACAAGGGGCGCUAUUUUCAAACCCCACUGAUGCGCUGUAAUACAAAGGUUAGCAAUGCUAACAAGUACACGUAAAAUACCAUAGAAAAUACUAACAACCGUAUUGUGAACAUUUUGUACAGUUUCUGACCUAAACUAUACAAGUAACUAAAAAUGCUACACACACAAAACAGACUGACUUAAUAGUCAUAAGAUAUUUAGUUGUGAGUUCCAUAUGUAAGUACAUCAUCAUGCUGCACAACAGUGAGUGACACUCAAGGCUCUGGUCUCAUUGUGUGCUUGUAAACAAACACGUGACUGGGUACUGUGAACUUCAUAGUAAUGUGACUGGUGAGAUGAAGAAUGCAAUGUUCUUAAUCUCCUAACAUUGCACAAAUUGACUGCAGGUAUGUACUUAAAAAUAUUCACAUUUAUUAAAACAUGUAACUGUUUUGAUGGUAUUAAAAAAACCUCAUGUGGCUUUUU